AUGCCGAAAAAAACUCGUUCAAAAAAUAAAAGUCAUAGUGGUGUAGAUAAAAAAGGUAAAAUAUUAAAAACCAAACGAAAAACUAAAGAUCUCGAUGAAGUUCAAGCAAAUAUGGCUGCUGAAACAGCUCGUCAAUUAUUAAAUCAACCAAUUGAUUAUGAUAUACCUGGUGCAGCUCAACAUUAUUGUCUUUAUUGCGCACGAUAUUUUGUUGAUGAUCACAAUUUACAACAUCAUUUGAAAAGUAAAGUUCAUAAACGUCGAGUAAAAGAUUUAAAAACUGAAGCAUAUACAUUGGAAGAAGCUGAACAAGCAGCUGGAAAAGGACAAUAUCGACCACCACGAUCUGUCCAUGUACCAGAUGAUCAAAAGAAGCUUUAUAAAAUGGAUACUGAUUCUGUCGAAGAUGUUAUUUCAUCUGAUAAUAAAUAA